UUGACUGAGUUCCCACAUAAUAUAUUUAUAAAUACCAAAUCUUUCCCACCCUUUUUUCUACUUUUAUGGCAAAGAAACAACCAAAGCUUGCAUCUUUCUCUCAAUCUUCCAUGCCUUUCUCAACUGACAGAUAGAUACAUAUAUCAUAUAUAUAUCAUUCUUGAAUCUUGAGCUUCAUAUUAUCAAAAAGCUCAGAUUUUUUCACAUGGGUUCUUUGAUUCUUCAAAUGGGUGUCUGUAUUUUUGUGCUUUUGAUUAGUUUUAGCUGCAAUCUUGUGUAUUCACAAGUUGAAACAAGAAAGAAUGUUCUUCAAGGAAGGGUUCUUAUUAAUGGGAAAAGUGCUAUUGCAAAGAUUGAUCAUGAUUUUAUUUGUGCUACUAUGGAUUGGUGGCCACCUGAAAAGUGUGAUUAUGGUACUUGUAGUUGGGGUCAUGCAUCCCUCCUCAAUGUGGAUCUUAACAACACAAUUUUCCAGAAUGCAAUCAAAGCAUUUUCAACAUUAAAGAUUAGAUUAGGAGGGACUUUACAAGACAAAGUUGUUUACCAAACCGAAAACGAUUCAAAACCCUGCAUUCCAUUCGCAACAAACACAUCAGAGUUGUUCGGUUUUACUGAAGGCUGCUUGCCUCUAUCAAGAUGGGAUCAAUUAAGCAACUUCUUUAAAGAAACAGGGGCUGAAAUUAUUUUCGGUUUAAAUGCGCUUGCUGGCAAGACGAUACUCGCUGAUGGUUCAGCGACUGGACCUUGGGACUCUGCGAAUGCUGAAUCUUUGUUGCGUUACACGGUUAAAAAGAAUUACACCAUGUAUGCUUGGGAGCUUGGCAAUGAGCUAAGUGGAAGUGGAGUUGGAACAAGAGUAACAGCAUCUCAAUAUGCUUUUGACACAAUGACCUUAAAAAAUAUAGUUGAAGAAAUCUAUUCGGGUGUCGAACCCAAACCGCGAAUAAUUGCACCCGGCGGUUUCUUUGACGCCAAUUGGUUCAAGGAGUUUAUCGCCAAAACACCCGAAACCGUAGACAUAAUCACACACCACAUAUACAAUCUUGGCCCAGGACUUGAUCAACAUCUUGUUGAAAAGAUACUCGAUCCAUCGUAUCUUGACGGGGAGGCUGAUACAUUUAAGCAACUCGAGAAUAUUCUCAAGACUUCGAUAACUUCUGCUUCGGCUUGGGUCGGUGAAGCUGGUGGUGCUUAUAACAGUGGACAUAACCUUGUGACCAAUGCGUUCGUGUUUAGCUUCUGGUACUUGGAUCAACUAGGCAUGUCAUCUGUUUACGACACGAAAACAUACUGCAGACAGACGUUGAUUGGAGGAAACUAUGGUUUGCUUAACACGACAACGUUUGAGCCGAAUCCAGAUUACUACAGCGCUCUUCUUUGGCAUCGGUUGAUGGGUAGAAACGUACUUCAUGCAAAUUUUACGGGGACCAAGAAAAUACGAUCCUAUGCGCACUGCGCUAAAGAAUCUAAGGGAAUAACACUCCUACUAAUCAAUCUAGACAACAAAACUACAGUCGACGUAAGCUUGGCUCUAAACAACACAUGGACGUUAAACGCCACCAAAUCCGUUCAUCAUCGUCAUCACCGUCAUCAUCACCAUCAUCGUCAUCGUAACGCAGACAAGCCAGGCAAUAGCAAGAUUAAUGGAAUAAACGUACGAGAAGAAUACCAUUUGACAGCCAAAAACGGAGACUUGCACAGUCAAGUGAUGAUGCUUAAUGGUAAAGAACUAAGAGUUGAUUCGUAUGGGGGGAUACCGCACUUGGAGCCGUUGUAUGUGAAUUCUUCGGAGAUCAUAAGUGUUGCGCCUCUUUCGAUUGUGUUUGCGCAUAUCCCACAUCUUACUUUGUAUGCAUGCAGCAAUUAGAUGGUGUGUGUAAGAUACACAUGUUUAGAAUGGAACUGAGAAUCAGUUCCAUUUUGGUUAUUGAUUCAUAGAUAUAUUCAAAUGUGCUUAUUGGUUAUUAAUUUUUGAAUCUUUUUAAAAUGAUAUUUGAUUAUU